AUUGACAAUAUGGCUGCCAAAACGAAAGUAGACUUUGGUGGUGAAAAUAAUGAACUAUUGCAAGAGGCAGAUUUUAAAGUAUUGAUGAAACAUAAAACUGAAUUUUUAGAUUUAGUGACUUUUGUGGAAACCCAGAAGUUGGUCGCUAUCACCAUUUCCAAUUGUAAUGCAAUGUAUAAUUAUUCUUUCACAGACGCACAAGUUCAACGCAGAAGAAACAUGGCGUUUGUUUUUUACAAGACGUUGUUUGAGAUUGAAAUAUUAAAACAUUUUUUCAUGGAAGGGGUUUUACCUGAUGGAAUGGAAGCGCAAAAAAGAACAGCAGUGCUUACUUCCUUAAAAUUUCUGGCGAAAUACCUGACAGACUAUGAUCAUGACAAGGAAGUUUUGCAGAAAUAUUCUGAUGGAAGUGUCAGUGAGGUUGAAUGGGCAAGCAUUCUUGCUGCCCAUUUGCUUAAGAAACUUGCACCUAAGAGGAAAACAAUUUUAAGUGAUGAUGGAUAUGCCAAGUUACAAGGCUGUCCCUGUAAAUGUGGAACAAUACUUGACUUUGGAGACACAAGUCUUGGUAAUCCUAGUGUUUGGCACGGGAGUGUAGACACUAUUUGCAACGGUAAUAUCGUAAUAGACAUAGAUCAUACAACUACUGCUACAGAAAUGAACAUUUCAGUGGAAAAGGAGAGCAGAAUUUCUCAUCAACGUCAGAUACUUGCUGAAUCAAUUGUUACAAGUUUUGCUAUUAAAAGACCUGCUCCUUUGAUUUCUAUCUCAAGAAAUCAGAUACAGUUAUUCAUGUAUAUUCCAGAUUCUGAUAUUCUUUUGGAAGGAGCACCUGUUAUCCUUACUGUUGAUAAUCAGUUUCAAUUAAAAGCGGUAUUGUUUGUUUGGCUGCUUCUAAACUACAAUGUUUUCAAAGAGGACUUAAGUAAAACAAUAAGGAGUGGAAUGCCAGUAUCUAAUUUCAAGACAUUGGUGGGAGAUAAGCUGGGAU